GGUGAAAAAGGAUAUAAAGGAGAACCAGGACCAGAAGGUGUUCAUGGAAGAGAGGGAAGACGUGGCAAACCAGGCCCCCCAGGAAAACCGGGACCACCAGGACCUCCUGGUCAAAAAGGAGAAUUGGGAAUGACUGGUGCAAAAGGAGAAAAGGGAGAGCCUUCUGAAAAAGGGGACAAGGGAGAUCCAGGAGAAACUGGAAUGGAGGGAUCAAAAGGAAGUAAGGGUGAAACAGGAGACCCUGGACCACCUGGUCUAAUUGGAAAUCCAGGAUCAAAGGGUCUGCAAGGACCUCCAGGACCUGUUGGACCCAGGGGACUGCCAGGAGAAGUGGGCUUACCAGGAGAGCACGGGGUACCGGGAAACCCAGGUGUUAAAGGAGACAAGGGGGACCCUGGUGGGAUUAUGGGACCGCCUGGACAUCCAGGUCCAAAAGGUGAUGUGGGGCCUCCUGGGCCAAGUCUGCCUGGAACACCAGGUCCCACUGGUAUUCCUGGAAACCCAGGUCCACGGGGACCAAAGGGAGAAAGAGGACUACCUGGUGUCCAAGGAGCACCUGGGGAGAUGGGGCCCCCUGGAAUAGGCAUUCAGGGAUCACCAGGUCCUGUAGGUCCAGCUGGAUCAGCAGGUGUGCAGGGCCCUAGGGGACCCCCAGGAUUACCAGGAACUCCAGGUACCCCUGGUAUGAAUGGUGCUCCAGGACGAGAUGGAAAGCCAGGACUACCAGGCCCUCCAGGUGAUCCUGUACGUAUACAUAGAGAGCUUAUGCAUAAGCUUUUGUGCAAAUACUUUAAAUUUAAAGAGAUUGCACUGCCACUUGUGGGAGACAUGGGUGCUAUACUGAAGGGCGAUCCUGGCACAAGAGGUCCUCCAGGCAUCCCUGGUAGAGAAGGGCCAAAGGGAAGCAAAGGUGAACGUGGGUUUCCUGGGCUUGCUGGAGAGAAAGGUGAUGAGGGCCUUCAAGGUGCUCCUGGACUGCCAGGCAUACCAGGACCCAGUGGACCUUCUGGAGUCACAGGAAGACCUGGACAUCCUGGUCCAGCAGGGUCAAAAGGCGAAAAGGGUAGUGAAGGUUCUCCUGGGCAACCUGGACCACCUGGACCUCCGGGUAUGCCUUACAAUGAAAGAAACGGAAUGAGCAGCUUAUAUAAACUCCAGGUAUUUCUCUUUAUUAUUUUUAUUUUUCAAUCAACACCUAAUUUUGGCCCAACUCAACUUUCAAACUUGGCCUUACAGGGAGGUGUGAGUGUCGCUAGUUAUCCAGGUCCACCAGGACCUCCUGGUGACCGGGGACCAGCUGGCACACCAGGACUAGCAGGGACACCGGGAAAGCCGGGAUCUCCUGGGUCCCCAGGGAUGCCAGGGGAACCUGGUGAAAGGGGCCCUAUAGGAGAUACAGGCUUCCCUGGGCCAGAAGGACCACAAGGAAAACCAGGACUCAAUGGAAAAGAUGGAUUGCCAGGUCCUCCGGGUGCUGUGGGGAGACCAGGGGACAGAGGACCCAAAGGAGAACGUGGGACUGCAGAGGUGGCUUCUCUGAAAAGACACAAGGAGCUGCCCCCGUGUCAGACACAGCCAAUUCCAGAUGGCUCCAAGACAGACCCAUUUCUGGCCAAAGCUGAGUCCAUGAGUGACGCUGGUACUGCCUGUGUGAUAGAAAGGGGAGAUCAGGGUAUUCCAGGAGACAGAGGUCCACAAGGCGAACGAGGGAAACCUGGCCCAUCAGGAGAAAAGGGGGAUGUAGGUCCUGUUGGGCCCCCAGGAGACAGAGGCUAUCCAGGAUCACCAGGCCAUCAAGGUCCCCCGGGUUCUCCAGGACCCCCAGGGUUUCCGGCUGAUACAGUUUCACUCGAAGAAAUAAAAAAAUACAUCAAACAAGAGGUUCUUAAGGUUUUUGAAGAAAGGAUGGCUCAGUUUGUAUCCCAGCUGAAGCUGCCUGCUGCAAUGCUUGCAUCCCAAGCGCAUGGAAAACCAGGGCCCCCAGGAAAAGAUGGGUUACCGGGACCACCAGGAAAGGAUGGUUUGCCAGGGCCACCAGGAGAACGUGGAAUUCAAGGUUAUAGAGGACAGAAAGGGGAAAGAGGCGAGCCUGGAAUUGGACUGCUCGGUAACCCUGGACCACCCGGCCCUGCAGCUACUGGCCUGCCGGGCCCGCCAGGAACACCAGGCUUACCCGGACCACAGGGGCCGGCCGGACCCAACGGGAGAUGCAAUCCGUCAGAUUGCUAUUACCACAUAUCACAGACUCGGUCACGCAGCGGUGGGAAAUAAACACCUCUUCCCCAGACACUUGGGGUCACAGUCACUUUUCACUCCUCUCAAUGAGUUAAUUUAAUAUUUGAGAUAUUUGGUGCAUUUUAUCUUCCUUUUCGCUCGACACUGCGUGGUAUAUAGGUAAUUUAUAAGGCACGGAAUUGAGCCUUUUUCUAUGUUAUUUGCAGUGUCAUAAUUAUGAAAUGAUGACAGAUGUUUUCCAGCGUGCAUUCCAUGUGUUUUGUUUCUUUGUAUUUAUUUUGCUUAGAGGAGAAAAUAGGCCCAAACAAUUUUUGUAAGCUUCUUUCUUCAAAGAAAGAAUAUUUUAUUAUAACUUAAGACAGUAUGUAUGCCUCUAUGUAAGCUGGCUUUGUUUUUCUCACUGGUGGUGAAGUUUAAGUGGAAAAAAUGCAUUUCUG